AUGAUAUUUCAGCAAGAAUUUUAUACGCUUUGGGCUGGAUUGGAAUUAUUUAUGUCUAUGACACAUCUUUUUGUUUUCUUAGGAAUUCGUAAUUCCAAACUGGGUUUUAUUCGCCGUCAACAGAAUUAUUUUCUUCUCGAUGGAUUUACUCAUUUAAUUAAUGUAUUAAUUCAUUCACCAAAAACUGUCGGUUGGCCACUUUAUAUCAUGUGGAUUUAUGCAUUUUUUGUUCAUCUUUAUUAUUAUCAUAAUUUAGUAUCGAAUCCACCACCAAAACGUGGCGAGGAAGGAAAAGUUGAAGAUAAUUCUCAUAAAAUUUCACGUAUUUUUCAUUGGUCUUGUAUCGAAUUUCAAGCAAAUCGAUUUAGUAUUAUGCAAUCUGGUAAAGAAAUUGCAGAAACAACAUUGGAUGUUGUAGCACAUACUUCUGGUUUUGUUCUUGCUUUUCGUCUGAUCGAAUCAUAUUGGUAUAAAGCAGCAGCAAUAAUACUAUUUAUUGGUCUUUUUUAUCGACAAAUGCUUAAUUUAAAAUAUUUUUUUACUGAACCAAAAAUGAUGCCACCACAAUUACAACGAUUCUUUGCUUCGUUUUCGACACCUUCCGUAGCAAACUAA